CUUCGCGGGAGAAGUUGUUGGCGCGCAUGGAUCCCGAGUCUCGAUAACGGAUUCCCCCGCCGGCCCGCCCGCCCACCCGCCCGCCGGCGCCUCAGCCCUGGGGUGGCGAUGGACAUCCGGAAAUUCUUUGGAGUUAUACCAAGUGGGAAGAAACAAGUAAAUGAGACGGGAAAGAAGAAUGAGAAAACCAAGUCCACUGAGGAAUCGUUGAAAACAAAGAAAGGAAAAAGGGAAAUCAAGGUAAAUAGCUCUUACAAGGAUGAUGACUCCAAACCAAAGCACUCAAACAAGAAAAAGAGGAUCAUCUAUGAUUCAGAUUCAGAAUCAGAGGAGACAGUUCAGAUAAAAAAUGCCAAGAAGCAAUCAGAAAAAUUGCCGUUGUCUCCUAAACCCAGUAAAACUUUACGGCAGGAUCCUGUCACCUACAUUUCAGAAACAGAUGAAGAUGAUGACUUUGUGUGUAAGAAGGCAGGCUCCAAGUCUAAAGAGAAUGGAAGAGCUACACACAGUUACCUUGGGUCAUCCAACCUGAAAAAGAAUGAAGAGAACGCCAAGACCAAAAACAAGCCUCUGUCGCCCAUCAAGCUGACUCCCACAUCAGUGCUUGAUUAUUUUGGGACUGGAAGUGUCCAGAGAUCAGAUAAGAAGAUGGUGGCGAGCAAAAAAAAAGAACCUUCACAAAACACAGAUGAUUCCAGAUUAAAUGAUGAAGCCAUUGCCAGGCAAUUGCAACUCGAUGAAGAUGCGGAGCUGGAGAGGCAAUUGCACGAAGAUGAAGAAUUUGCCAGAACGUUAGCCAUGUUGGAUGAAGAACCCAGAGUCAAAAAGGUUCAAAAGGACACAGACGAGGGAGAAAUGUUUUCAUCUGUUCAGACCAAUUUAAGUAAAGCAGAAAAACAUAACCAUCCUCAGAAAGAACAAUUUUCAGAUGGAAGAAACAGCUGCAGUCCUAAGAAGCAGACAAAGUGCGGUGGGCCAGAGGAAGCCCUGCGGCCUCCCAAGUCCGCAGCCCUCCGAGCAGAGGUGUCCUCUUCCCCGAAGGCCAGUGCUAAGCUGUCCGCGAUGAAAAUGAGAGAGCAGAGUUGCAGUAAGGAAACACAGCCUCUGGCCUCAAAAAGAAAAGAGAAUGCUGUUGAAGUGAAAGGAGAGACCAAAACUCCUAAGAAAGCCAAAAGUUCUCCAGCUAAGAAAGAGUCUUUAAGUCCUGAAGAUUCUGAAAAGAAACGCACUAACUAUCAAGCUUAUCGAAGCUACUUAAAUCGGGAAGGUCCCAAAGCCCUGGGCUCCAAGGAGAUCCCCAAGGGAGCUGACAAUUGCUUGGAAGGGCUGACGUUUGUAAUCACAGGAGUGCUGGAGUCCAUUGAACGGGAUGAAGCCAAAUCUCUGAUUGAGCGUUACGGAGGGAAAGUGACAGGAAACGUCAGCAAGAAAACCAACUACCUCGUCAUGGGUCGUGACAGCGGGCAGUCCAAGAGCGACAAGGCAGCAGCCUUAGGGACAAAAAUUAUUGAUGAAGAUGGCCUAUUGGAUCUGAUUCGAAAUAUGCCAGGGAAGAAGUCCAAGUAUGAAAUAGCAGUUGAAGCUGAGAUGAAGAGAGAAAAGUCCAAAUUGGAGAGAACACCUCGAAAAAAUAGCCAAGGGAAAAGAAAAAGCAGUCCAACUCGGAAGGAGUCAGAAUCCAAGAAGAGCAGGCUGACUCCCCAGAAGGGCAGCUCUCUGGAAUCACCCAACAAGGAAGCAGGGGAAACAAGUGUGUUGCAUAGAAGCCUGGACUUCCAGGAGCAGGUGGCUGAGGAGCUCCCCGAGGACAGCAGCACCGGGACUGGGGCCGACGGCAGUCGGGAAGGCAAACUGGAUCAUUUGCUCUGGGUCGAUAAGUAUAAGCCAACCUCACUCAGGACCAUAAUCGGGCAGCAAGGUGACCAGAGCUGUGCCAACAAACUCCUCCGCUGGCUCCGAAACUGGCACAAGAGUUCUCCUGAAGAGAAAAAAAAUGCAAAGUUUGGUAAAUUUGCUGGUAAAGAUGAUGGCUCCAGUUUUAAAGCAGCGUUGCUCUCAGGCCCCCCUGGUGUUGGCAAAACCACCACAGCUUCUCUGGUGUGUCAGGAAUUGGGAUAUAGCUACGUGGAGCUAAAUGCAAGUGACACUCGAAGUAAGAACAGUCUGAAGGCGAUUGUUGCCGAGUCCCUGAACAACACUAGCAUCAAGGGCUUUUAUUCCAGUGGAGCAUCCCCUUCCGGAAGCACAAAACAUGCUCUCAUCAUGGACGAAGUGGACGGCAUGGCGGGCAAUGAGGACCGGGGCGGAAUUCAGGAAUUAAUUGGCCUGAUAAAACACACUAAAAUUCCCAUCAUUUGUAUGUGCAACGAUAGAAAUCAUCCCAAGAUUCGCUCUCUGGUUCAUUAUUGUUUUGAUCUUCGUUUUCAAAGACCUCGAGUUGAACAAAUUAAGGGUGCUAUGAUGUCUAUUGCAUUUAAAGAAGGCUUAAAGAUACCCCCUCCGGCUAUGAAUGAAAUAAUUUUAGGAGCCAAUCAGGAUAUCAGACAGGUUUUGCACAAUCUGAGUAUGUGGUGUGCACGAAGUAAGGCCCUCACCUACGACCAGGCCAAGGCUGAUUCUCAUAGGGCCAAAAAAGAUAUUAAACUGGGCCCGUUUGAUGUUGCCCGGAAAGUGUUUGCAGCCGGAGAGGAGACUGCACACAUGUCACUAGCGGACAAAUCCGAUCUCUUUUUCCAUGAUUAUUCCAUUGCCCCCCUCUUUGUCCAGGAGAAUUAUGUACAUGUGAAGCCUGUAGCUGCAGGGGGAGACAUGAAAAAGCACUUGAUGCUGUUAAGCCGGGCAGCUGAUAGCAUAUGUGACGGGGACUUGGUGGACAGUCAGAUCCGGAGCAAACAGAACUGGAACCUUCUGCCCACACAGGCUAUUUAUGCCAGUGUUCUUCCUGGAGAAUUGAUGAGAGGGUACAUGACUCAGUUUCCCACCUUUCCAAGCUGGCUGGGCAAAUACUCAUCUACAGGCAAGCAUGAUCGCAUCGUUCAGGACCUGGCCCUGCAUAUGAGUCUCAGAACUUAUUCCAGCAAGAGGACUGUAAACAUGGAUUACCUGUCACACCUACGGGAUGCACUUGUACAGCCCUUGAUCUCACAAGGGGUAGAAGGGGUCCAGGAUGUUGUUGCACUUAUGGACGCGUAUUACUUGAUGAAGGAAGACUUUGAGAGCAUCAUGGAAAUCGGCAGCUGGGGUGGCAAACCCAGUUCCUUUUCCAAAUUGGAUCCCAAGGUGAAAGCUGCCUUCACGAGAGCAUACAAUAAGGAGGCCCACCUCACUCCAUACUCCCUUCAGGCCGUCAGGGCGUCGCGCCACAGCCUGGGCGCAUCCCUGGAUUCCGAGUACAGCGAGGACGUGCCUGAAGAGGACUCCCAGUUCGAUGAGAAGGACCAAGAUGCCAUAGAAACGGAUGCGAUGAUCAAGAAAAAAACAAAAUCUGCAAAGUCUUCAAAACCAGAAAAAGAUAAGGAAUCCAGAAAAGGAAAAGGAAAAAAUUCAAGGAAAUGAAACUUUUUUUUUAACUACUCAACAGCCACUUUUUUAUUCACCCUUCUGACCAGUAUUGCUGGUCUAGAGAAAGUGUUUAUUUUC